AUGCUCCUGCUCAAAUUGCCCUUGCUGUGGGCUGCCGUGUCUUCAACUGCAGCUGCACUGGAAUGUAAAUGUAAACCAUCGGAAUCAUGCUGGCCUUCAGAGCUCGACUGGUCAUCAUUCAAUAACUCCAUCUCCGGCCGCCUGUUGAAGACAGUCCUCCCGGCUUCCGUCUGCUACAAAUCAGAUCCUCAGUACAACGCGGAUCAAUGCAGUGAGGUCGUUGCCAAUUGGACAACAGCAGCUUUCCAUAGCAAUAACCCCGUCAGUCUUCAUGGGCAGCAAUGGGCGAACAACAGCUGCGAUGCCGUCUAUCCCAACGGCACGAGCCUCGGCGGCGACCCUCUCGCAGGUAGCAGGGGCUGCUCUCUUGGACGAUACCCGCCUUACGUGGUGAAUGCAACAGACGCUGCCGACGUGCAGGCGGCUGUCAAAUUCGCCAAGAGGUGGAACUUGCGGCUCAAUGUCAAGAACACGGGGCAUGGAUCAUAUCGAAGCGCAGCUCCCAACAGCCUCUCCAUCUGGACACAUAAUCUCAAAGGCUUCACGUUCCACGAAAAGUCUACACCACAAUGCGAAUCCUCCAAAAAGCACUGCAAUGGGGAGCCUCGAAUGGCAGUCACUAUUGGCGCGGGGGAGCAGGAUGAUGACCUUUUCCAAGCCGCGGCCAAGCACAAUGCAGCGGUUGUCGGAGGCACGAAUAAGGAUGUUGGCUUCCUUGGAUGGUCUCUCGGCGGCGGCCAUGGCUGGCUUACCAGCGAGUUUGGCAACGGCGCGGAUAACUAUCUGGAGGCCAAGGUGGUCACACCCAACGGAGACCUCGUUGUUGCCAACGAAAACCGCAACUCGGAUCUCUUCUGGGCACUGCGAGGAGGCGGAGGUGGCACCGUCGGUAUAGUGGUCGAGGCAACGAUCAAAGCUUGGCCGAUGCCGCAAGCUACCGUCUGGACGCUCUCCAUUAACAACAAGAACACCAACUGUACGUCGUGUUGGUGGGACCUGAUGGCCAGAGUACACAGCUAUCUUCCAGAUCUGAAGAAAGGCGGUUUCCAAGGCAACUACUACUUUUCUGGUCCUCCUAGCAGCGAAGCCCUCUCGUUCUUCGGCCUGUUCUUCCUGUACAAUAAGCCGAACGGAACAGCCGAGUCCCUCAUCAAGCCUUUGAUGUCGUACCUAGGUACAGCAAAUGAGACAGCAGACGCAGUAUCCAAGUUGUCGUGGUCACCAAGCUGGAUCGAUGUAUACAACAGUUUCCCAGACGUAGGGGGGGCUGGCGGCAGUGGCGGUGCUACAACCUCAAGGCUUUUGCCCGCCAGGUCACUGACCGAGGAUCCUGAACUUCUCGCCAGAACAUUGGAGCUUGUAGGGCCAAGUGCCACGCGGAGGAGGGGUGGCAUCUCGAGUUCAUCCGUGUCUGGCUCAAUGGCACUGAGCUCCGUCGAUGUAGACAACGCGUUGCACCCAGCAUGGAGAGAAGCAGUCGUCCAUCUCGUCGUCUCCGAGAGCUGGAGAGACGAUUUGCCGUAUGCCCAGACGCGGGCAGUACAGGACGAGGUCACAAAUGUGCUGGGUGCCGCAUUGCGCCGUCUCGCUCCUGCAAGUGGAGCUUACCUGAACGAGGCCGAUGCAUACGAGCCCAACUGGGCAGACGCAUUCUGGGGGCCAAAAUAUCCGAAGCUUCGAGCUAUCAAGAAAAAGUAUGACCCCAAUGCUAUGCUGUGGUGUCUUCGUUGCCCUGGCAGUGAAGACUGGUAUGAAGACGUAGAUGGAAGCCUCUGUCGCGUUCGGUAA